GCUCAGCGCCCCGGCCACAAGGCCACACGGCCGCGGAGCCACCCCACGGCCGCCUGCAGGGAGCCAGGGCCGCUCCGCCUGGCUCCCACCAUGAGCGCUGAGCUCAGCGUGCCUGCGGACCCCUCCACCCCGGCCUGCUCUGAGCCCGGCCACAAGGGCAUGGAUUACCGGGACUGGGUCCGCCGCAGCUACCUGGAACUGGUCACCUCCAACCACCACUCAGUGCAGGCACUGUCCUGGAGGAAGCUGUACCUGAGCAGGGCCAAGUUGAAGGCCUCCAGCCGGACCUCAGCCCUCCUCUCUGGCUUUGCCAUGGUGGCCAUGGUGGAGGUGCAGCUGGAGACACAGUACCAGUACCCACGGCCGCUGCUCAUCGCCUUCAGCGCCUGCACCACGGUGCUGGUGGCUGUGCACCUGUUCGCGCUGCUCAUCAGCACCUGCAUCCUGCCCAACGUGGAGGCCGUGAGUAACAUCCACAACCUCAAUUCCAUCAGCGAGUCCCCGCACGAACGCAUGCACCCCUACAUUGAGCUGGCCUGGGGCUUCUCCACCGUGCUCGGCAUCCUGCUCUUCCUGGCUGAGGUGGUGCUGCUGUGCUGGAUCAAGUUCCUGCCUGUGGACGCGCGGCCCCAGGCCGGCCCCCUGCCGGGCCCCGGUGGCCACACUGGCUGGCAGGCGGCUCUGGUGUCCACCAUCAUCAUGGUGCCUGUGGGCCUCAUCUUCGUGGUCUUCACCAUGCACUUCUACCGCUCGCUGGUGCGCCACAAGACAGAGCGCCACAACCGCGAGAUCGAGGAACUGCACAAGCUCAAGGUGCAGCUGGACGGGCACGAACGCAGCCUGCAGGUGGUGUGACUGCUGGCAGGGCCCCGCCAGGCAGCCCAGGACCACAGCUGGCCUCCCACCCGAAUACUGUGAUCACCUGGUGCUGCCCUGGCAAAAGUGGAACUCCGGCAAGGUGCGAGACUGUGGCCAGUGCGCUCGGGCUGAAUCAGGAGGUUCCAGUUUAGGCAGCUGUAGUUUGAGCCUCGCUCCCAGGUAGGUUUCCUGGCAGCAUUGGUCAGGCAAGGGCAUUGCAAAGACCCAGGAGCAGGGCUUGAGUGCAGAGGAGCUGCCCCAGCCAGGCUUGGCAGCUGAUGGGCAGCGUGUCCAGUGGAACUACAGCAACAUGACGGGACACAGGAACAACACGGCAUGGUGCUACCCUCCCAGCCCUGGGAAGAGCCAGGUAACCUGGCUGAUGGCAUGAAGCCAGAGCCUGUAUGGCAUACGUCAGUGUGGCAAAGCAGCCCGAGGGACUGUCCCCAGGGCCAGGCAGGCAUGUCUGGGCAUCCACCAUCAGAUGUCCACCAGACACCUUGGCCACAGGGUGGGAAGGGUCCCACGGUGCAGUGGCUCUGUCUUGACCACACACAGUAGCGCCUGGACUGUGUCAGCCAUGGCAAGGACCUGGGGGACCUGUGUGGAGGACCUGGGGCAGUGGGUCAGGGCCCAGGGUCUGUCUUGUGUGACCAGGUCCAGCUCUGCCUUCCCAUGCCAUGUCCCCUGCAGAUAUCUGCCAGCCACAUGCUGGCUCCUUGCACGUACCUUCCUGAUAAGGUGCAUCUGAGUUAACGAGCUUGCCCUGCCAAGGCCUGGGCACAGCCAGAGCCUGGUGGGAGAUGCGGGAGCCACCUGGCAAGUGGAGGUGGGGAGGAGCAGAGGGCAGCAAACCACAGCCUUCAUAGUUGCUUCCUGGAGUCUAGCCUGGGUUAACAGUGUGCCAAGGUGCAGCAGGCCGAGGAAGGCCACAAGGAAAAGCUGCUGGCACUGUCAGAGCGUGCACCCUGCUACACUCACACGCCCUAGAAGGCAUGGGUUUGUCUUUUAGAAACGGCCAAGUCAGAAGGCCGGCAGUGGACAGACCAUGGAGGACCAUCUGUGGCCACUGCCUGCACCAGCCAUUCACACGACCCCUGUUGAUCCCACAGGGUGGGCCUCUGAAACACCGGCCCUGGAUGGAGCUGAAUAAAUUAGUGAAAGA